GUCCCUCUCUCCUUCCCCAAUAUGGCAGCUUUGGUUCUGGUAAGAAGCCCUCUACUUGGUCAUGAACGUCUCGCUCACCAUGCCGUCAGCUCCGCCCAACAUGCUCGGCUUGUUGAUUUCACUCCCUCUCGCCUCCAGCCACGAGGUCGCCAUCAGUCUUUCGUUUGUUACGGUUCACCAAUUCAGGGCAUACAUUACUGAAACACCUUCCUUGAAGUCAUAGCAUUGACUGUAAAUCGGGCCAUUCCCGAGUUCCUUGGUCACUCACUCGGCGGAUCGUCUUCUCAAUACCUGUAUUGCUUCAUCCUCCGCGAGCUCGGAAGAACAGCACCCACCGACAUGGCCAAAGGUAAAUGGCGCGAACGGUUUCGAAAGGUCCGUGACCGUGUUCUGGGCCGUCGGGACGCUGCUCCCUCCGCAGCAAACCCCGGUAUCCCGUCUCCAUCGGCACCCGAGCUGUUCUCCCCCACCGCACCGUCUAGCAGGAAUCCUCCGGCGGCACUCCAGCCGUCCUCCCUUGCCGCGCUGUAUCACAGGAACAACCCUACGGUCUUCCAGGUCGGUCCCAACCAACCGGUGUACUACUUCCCACCCGCCCACUUGCAAACCCCCCACCACCCGAUCUCGGGACAGAAUCCAGCCCCGUUCGAUGCCAGCAUGCCUGUCAUACCAUCGGCAAGCCUACCCCGCCACCGGCCGCCCGCAAGACCCCUCAACCACACGUCCCGCGGCCGCCGAGGGACAGGAAGGUGGAUGCCAUCCAACUCCGCGGCGGCUUCCUCCUCCUCAUUAAGGCCACAAGCGCACUCAGCCACCCUGGCGCAACUGACAAGUCCUCCACAACCACCUCCGCCGCCGCCGCCGCCCCCCCCGCCAUUGUUAGCACAACAACAGGGCAUAACGCAUUUGCCAUCAACCCCAGCCGCUACGGCGCCACCGUCUCUAUCUCGCCGCCCGCAUGUUCGUUUUGGUGGUCUUGGUCGCGGUCGCGAUAAUGGGAGUGGUAGUAGCCGCAGCCACAACAGGGGACGUGGUGGUAGUGGUAGUGGUGGCCGGCCCAUGAUCUCGUAUCCUUCGCCCCCCUUUCAGGCUUCUACCGGACCGGGAUUCGGACCCGGGCUGUCAAAUCAUCCCCAGGGCCCGUCUUCUUCUUCUUCUGCCGCCGCUCCUCCUUCUUUCAAGUAGUGCUGUCGGGCCUGUGAGGUGAGUACAGGUGGUGGAAAUGGAGAGGGUGGUGGGGAAGAUCACGGGGCUAAGGGGAGAGGUGAGGACGGGGGUCUGGGCGGAGAGAAGCCUGAUUCAGAUUGUAUGGAUUGGGCCUGGCUUAGAGGAGGUUGUCAAGAUCCGGCCGGGGAAGAACAAAGGCACAGCCGCUGGAGAAGGUGGAUC